AAAGUUAUAGUUGUAUGUGAUAACAUAUCCACUCUUUCACAGUUCACAUGGCCACAUGGGCGUGGUAAGAAGCUCCAAGAGGAAUGGGCUGUUCCACUGAAAUCUGUGCAAGACAUUAAUGAGUGGUUCGUAAACUUCUGUGAAGGAAAACUUAAAAGCAGCCCAUGGUCUGAGUUAGAUGGUCUUCAACCCGAGACAACUACAAUUGAUGAUCAGUUGGUGAAGAUGAACUCAAAGGGUUUCCUUACCAUCAACAGCCAACCUGCUGUAAAUGCAGAGAAAUCUGAGUCUCCUAGUGUUGCAUGCAUCAGGCGAGGCAAGGUGCUCUUCUCCAGGGAUAGUUUGAAGACGAGGACGAGAUGACGAGGGAGGCAGCACAAGGCGCGAGAAGGUGCUCCUCUGCUGCGGCGAACGGCGAUCAGGCGAGGGAGGCGAAUGGCGACCAGGCGAGGCCCAAGAACGAGCAGCACGAACGGCGACCAGGCGAGGCCUGCGAACGGCGAUCAGGCGAGGCAGGCGAUGGCGACGAACGGCUACCGGCAAGGCCCAAGAACGAGCACCACGAACGGCGACCAGGGAGGCGAGCGGCGACCAAGCGAGGGAGGCGAUGGCGGCGAACGACGACCAGGCCAGGCAGGCGAACGGCGAUCAGGCGAGGGAGGCAUGCGUGCGUGGGUGAUAUUGUAAUCAACUAUGGACGAGGCGUGCGUGCGUGGGUGUGUUUGAUUCAACUGUUUUGUUUUAACUACGAGGUGGGGAUGACCACGAGGUGGGGAGGUACCGGAUUGGUUUUUGGACGGGGAGAAAAAAUUCGGUUUGGUUUUUGGAGGGAUGGGGAUGGGGAUUGAUUUUUGGAGGGAUGGGGAAAAACAGUGG